UUUGACGUUGAAGGCAAUAACGCGUUUUCUAUAGAUUUCAUCAAUGUAGUGCUUAGGGUUCCAAUAUGUCUAUAAUAUAAGUAGUUUGGUAGGAAAACAAAUCGAUUAAAUCUUAAAUGACUCCCACGAAGACUACAAAAACUGAAGUAGAAAUGGUGAUACGAAAUAGAAAAACUGUUAUGAAAGAGGGGAUUAUGACAAUGUCGGGCAUCGGUGAACCUUCAGUCUUCCACGCUUUAGUUGUCAUCUUUUUGGAGUUCUUCGCAUGGGGCUUGCUAACGAUGCCAAUAAUAUCAGUGCUAAACGCUACUUUCCCGGACCAUACCUUCCUGAUGAACGGGCUCAUAAUGGGAAUCAAGGGCAUUCUAUCGUUCCUGUCAGCACCACUAAUCGGAGCCCUGUCCGACGUGUGGGGCCGCAAGUUCUUCCUGCUGGUCACGGUGUUCUUCACGUGCGCGCCGAUCCCGCUCAUGACCAUAAACACUUGGUGGUUUUUUGCGAUGAUCAGUAUUAGCGGAGUGUUUGCUGUGACUUUUUCUAUUGUGUUCGCGUACGUGGCUGAUGUAACGACAGAGGCGGAGCGCUCUCGAGCCUAUGGCCUAGUGUCCGCUACCUUCGCUGCAAGCAUGGUCAUCUCGCCCGCCCUCGGCGCCUAUCUCAUGGAUUUAUACGGCGAAGCGUUGGUCGUAGCCGCCGCCACGGCUGUUGCGGUCUUAGAUGUGUUCUUCAUAAUGGUAGCGGUGCCCGAGAGCCUGCCAGAAAAAGUGAGACCGAGUGGCUGGGGACCUGCUAUAAGUUGGGAGCAGGCCGACCCAUUUGCCGCUCUAAGGAAGGUUGGUGCUGAACGUACAGUGCUGAUGUUGUGUGUGGCAGUGUUCCUCUCAUACCUCCCUGAAGCCGGACAGUAUUCUUGCAUAUUUGUGUAUUUAAAAUUAGUUAUGGGCUUUGGUGUAGUACAAGUGGCUAUAUUCAUAGCAAUUGUUGGAGUGCUCAGCAUUGCGGUACAAGUAGUGCUUGGAUUUUUAAUGCGGUCACUUGGAGCUAAACAUACAAUUAUGGUGGGACUGUUAUUUGAAAUGCUCCAGCUCAUGUGGUAUGGCUUCGGAAGCCGCACAUGGAUGAUGUGGGCAGCAGGAGUGCUUGCAGCUCUUGGAUCUCUGACUUACCCAGCGAUUAGUGCAUAUGUGUCGGUGAACAGCCGGGCCGACCGCCAGGGUGUGGUACAAGGAAUGGUAACUGGAGUGAGAGGACUAUGUAACGGUCUUGGACCAGCAAUGUUUGGAGUUAUAUUCUAUUUAUUCCAUGUGGAUCUCAAUGAGGAGCAUGCUGUGACUGGUAUAGAUGGAAAACCAGAGGAGAAAUAUGUAAGAUUGGUGCCAGGUCCACCUUUCGUAUUGGGAGCCUUGCUGGUGAUUUGCGCUCUGCUUGUAGCAGCCUUUCUACCUGAAGAUGGCACUGUUGGCAGUGGACGACGGGCUCCGGCUGACCUAAAGUUCGAGGUGGAGAGGGGCCGUCGCGUGGCGGGUCCCCUGUCUCCGUUGAUGGCCCCGGAGUCAGCGGCCCUCUAGCUAGCGGCGAAGGCCGGUCGAGCGGCCAGUGUGUGACUCUCAGAGCUGCCUGCGCCCAACCGGCGCUAGAGCGAAUGCAUUUAGGAUGGUACCAAAGCGAACUCAGUGAGCGAAGUGAGUCCCAUAUUCUAUGAUUCUUGCACGAAGUACGUUGACUACAUUCCCGCGUAUCACAUGUUUUGUUCCGCUUCAAUGGAAACAUUCAUUGUUAACUUUGUAAUAUUUUUUUAUUAAUUUUCGCUGUUGAGGGCAUGUACAUAAUUGUAAUAAAUAAUUGAAUCACAGUACAAGUCCUCUCUUUAAUAUUUGAGCUUAACCUCACACAAUAUUUAUAUGAAACCCAGCAUUUGCCUUAAAACCUAUCAUAUUUGUCAUAUUAUGAUUGACCUCUGAAGGUCACUUGUUUAUGUUAACAAAGCCUGAAUACUACCAUGCUUAAAUUUAUUCUGAGCUAUAGAUAAAAUAGCAUCUAUAUAUCUAAUAUAAACUUAUAAAUAAUAAUCUUAAUAGCAAUAAAUAUGAAGCCAUUAAAAUGUAAUUGGUAAAUACAUAAAACAUUCAUAAUUCAAAAAUGAUAGAGUUUAGAGAGACGAUAAGUGAUUGAAUAAGUCAUUAAGUACUAUUAGUUGAGUAGCUGCCUAACUCAGCUACAAUCUGAAGUUCUAGAGUUUGAAUACAAACAAUCUUACACGAAUUUUAAUUUAAAAAUCUUGCCGAUAGACACAUAAACAGUAAAGACUAAAUAUUCUCCUUGAAUAGAUACUGGAUUGAAUAUUAAAACGAUUAUGUAAAUUCAAUGAUAUUUAAAAUUGGUAAUGACAAAUUAGCAUUAAAAUUAAAAAGAAAAAGAAAUUGAUCCUAUAAGGGAUCCAUUGUUUUCUUACUUUCCGGGUACGGAACCCUAAUAACAAAUUGAUUUAUUUCAAUAUUGUAAAAUACAAAUCAAACUUAGGGUUAAAAAUCAAAGAAAAAAUAUAGUUAAAUUUGAGAAAGUUGGCAUGACAUAAUCAAUAAGAAAUUAUAGAUGGUUGGAAUAAAAAAAAAAUCGGUAGAAAUAGCAACACUAAAGUAUACAAUAACAUUUAAUAUAGAACGAAAAAAGUGUUAUAGUUACAUUACGAAUUUAGCACAUCAAUAUAGCGGAGAAUUUAAACGAUAUUAAUUUGGCCCAGUAUCCAUUGACCUCAUUUCUUGCUAUUUUAAUGGAGUGAAUUGUUUUAUAUGUUCAUAGUGACUUUCCUGUAUAUUUACUUUUUAGCAAUGAAAUUCUGUUUAAUAAAAACUACAUAAAAACAUUCUAUACCUAAAGUAGCCAACAUAUAGUUCAAGUAAGACAUAAAAGUGAUUAAUAAUAGGAACUUUUUGUAGGGAAAUAUAUCCAGCCAGGGACUUCUGUAUUAGAAUAAACAUUUUUGCAACCUGACAGUAUUGUUUUUAACUAUAAAAAAAAAAUUACUAAUCAAAAUAUUCCAAUAAUCUGUAUUAUAAAAUUCAAAGUUAUAAGUCUCGUACACACGCUUCGUGGAACGUUUAUGUAUUUAGGCAUUAGUCACAUAAAAAUUAAUCUUUAUAGAACGUGUUUGACGGUAAUUUAAUUGCGUGCGAUGACGUAACGCCUUGUAUUUGUUGGUAACAAUACGUACAAGCGACACUUGUAUAAAUGCUUAUAAGCUUUGAAAUGAUAAGGAUAAAGUCGCUAAUUUGAUAAGUGAACACAAACUACAAUAUUAGGCUUAUAUUGUUUAGUCGAUUCCCAAAACGUUUUGUGCAUAACAUAUUCGGCUAUCAUUAGCAUUAUUUGGGCAAUUCGCCCAAAAUCUGUGUCAAGUUCAGGACAUUCUUUCCUCUAUAAUUUAUACUUUUUACCUAUAUAAUCAAUCAUUGUCAUUUGAGACUACGUUUUAUGUGCUUUUUUUCUAUUAUUAUUGACAUAUAUUGCUAUCCAAUUUUUUUAACCGUAAUACUUACAUUACUCCCUAAAGACAGGGCUCUGAAUAGUACCGGAGGCUCUCUAAUUCCGUCUGGGAAAUGGGUAGAAUAAUGAUAAAGUUUUAUUUCAGUCUUAUCGUGAAAUAAGAUGGCAAUUCUAGCAAAGAAGAGUUAUACCAUUGCAAUAAAAGAAAUUGAUUUUUUAAUCCACCGCGCUAUUUUCACAGCACAAUGACUAAUCCGGCCAACAAUAGCUGCAUUGCUUUGUAGCAAACACGCGGUGCAUUGUUUAUUGUAUUUAUAUAUAAAAUUGCAGCUUCCGUAUGUUUGUAUGACUCGAAAAAUAUCUAUUCACUCGAUUUGAUUUUUCAUAACUAAUUUAUACAAAAUAAGAUUCUAUUUAGACAAAGUAUCCAAUUGAAUUAUUGCAAGACGCCGUAAAACUAUCUGAAAAAUAUUUAACUACACGUAGUUGUUUAUAUUUUUAACUAUUAGGAGAUUUAAAAA